AUGUCAAGGAUCUUGGAUCGGAGAAUUUUGCUGUUAGUAAUUUCAUUUUCAGGAAGUCUGCAGAGUACAACAGUACUUUCAGAAUGGAAGAAGUGUGGUGAUCAGGAAUGCGAGAUGGCAAUGAGCAGAGUUCACGCCACUACAGACUACUCAGGGCCUGACUGCCGGUACCUUAACUUUGAAACAGGGGAAGAGAUCAUGGUAUACUCCAAACUCUCAAGGAAAAAUGAAAACUUGUGGACAGGAAGUAAAGGAAAGGAUUUUGGGUAUUUCCCAAAAGAUGCUGUGAAGGUUGAGGAAGUUUUUAUUGCAGAAGAAGUGGAAGUGCUCACUAAGGAAACUGAUUUCCUUUGUCUUCAUGGAGAUAAGUAUGCUUAUGAAAACGAAAACAGUGCAUUACAUGAUCACAACAAAGAAAGAGAAUAUCCAUCAUCUGAUGCAGAAUCAAAGUGGCAUGAAAAUGAACUCUUAAAAUAUACAAGAGAAUCUAUGCAAAAGGAAGAAACAGUUGAAUCAGUUUCUGAAAAUGAUUCCAAGGAAUCUCACACUCAGGAGGAGUCUGCAAGCAAAGAGUUCUUUAGAAAAAAUGAGAACAGCAGACAUGAUACUGAAGAGCCACAAAUGCAAAAGAGUUUUCCAGUAGAACCCAUUCCAACUCAGUCCAGUUGGAUUACAGGAUGGUUCACCACAGGAAAUACAUAUGAUGGAGAGUCCUUAAAAGCCACUACAGAACCUUCAGGAGAAAAUACGUACCGAAGCAGAAAAAUAAUGGUAACUGCCGAAAAUGAUUUAGAGGAGCCAAAUGAUAAAGAGGAGCAAGAAUCCCCAGCAUCUGCUUGGUUUCAAGGUGGACUGACAGACUUCCUGUAUUUUGGUGAAGAGAAUGUAGAUGUUGGUUUGGCAUCCAAAAAAAAGGAUCUACAAUUCCAUGAUGUUUCUGGUAUGCCUGAACUUUCCAGUAAUGAACAGGAAACAGCAGUCACAGAGUUACUGACAGAAGAAGAAAAGAGUGAAAGCCGAGAAUCUGGAUCAAAUUGGUUUAAUUUGGAUUUAAUUCAUGUUCUUAAUUUUGUCCAUGCUGAGAAAGAUGCAAUUGCUGUGCAAGACGAGCAAAGCAGAGAAACAGAGGAUGAAGCAAAUAAGAAUGAAGUGCAGACUUUAGACCAGAAAGAAUCACACAUGGACAAAAGAUCUAAGGAGACAGUCAAAGCAGUGACGGGUGAAGAUGAUGAAGAGAACUACACACAAGAAAUAAUAGAUUCAAACAUGUCAAAUCCUGGGGAGAUACCAGCAAAUGUGCAUACUCUUAAUGCCACUAAAAGCACAGAAUCAUCUUUUGAUACACCAACAGGUGUCAAAGAGGAGCCAAUUGAACCUUAUGGUUCAGAACAAGACUUGGUAUCAGAAAGCCAACUGCUGAAAAACACUGAAGCUAAAAAGAGAAAUCAGGAGUCAGAAAGCAAAUAUGGACAGUCAGGAGUAGGCAGUAGAAGAAAGCUACUAGAAGAAACACCAGAGAAGGAAUAUGAAAUGAUUGCAGCUGUAGACAGUGAAGGCAACAGUGACCAAUAUUCAAAACCAAUAGUGAUUCCUUCAGAAAAUUCUGAAGAAAAAAUGGACAGUUUAGUAGUUGACUCUCCAUUUGAUGUUGAAAAGUCCUUCUCAGAUGCCAUCCAGAACUACGUUCCAAGUAAUG